AUGAGUGACAAUGAAAGUUUUGAAUCUAUAGAAAUUGUAAAUGAUGAUCAUUUUAGAGGAAUACAAAAUAAUGAUAAUUUGGAUCAAUUUUUAGAUUAUGAUAUAAAUUGUAUAAAGGAAAAUGAAAAAUAUAAAUACAUAGGACCUGGUGUAAUACAAAGAGAAGAUGUGUUUCAAAUUAAUCUUGGAGAGAUUAAAUUUAUAAAUCAAAAAAAUGUUAAAUAUUACAAUAUCUUAUUAAAUAAUAAACAUAAUGAAGCUGAUAUAUUUAUAAAAAUAAAAAAAGAAUUAUUUAGUAUAGCAUAUAAAAAUCAUUGCAAUAAAAUUAAAGGGAAUACACCAUCUGAUGAUAUUAGCCAAAUAAAAGAUAAAAAUAAAAAAGAAUAUGAUAUAUUAAAUAACGAUUUUAGCAGUGUAUUUAGUAAUAAAAUUGAAGAUACUUAUAAUGAUAUAAAAAAUAGUGUUAAUUGGUUAGGCAAUUUUUUUUCAAAUUCUGAUCAAAAUAAUGAAAAAGAUAAAAUAAAUAUUUUUUAUAGUGAUUUAUAUUUCUUAAAUGAUAUAACUAUUUUACGAUUUUUAAAUACAUAUAAUUAUAAUAUAAUAAAAACAUUAAAUAAAUUAAUUAAAUUUAUUUUAUGGAGACAAUUAACAAUUACAAGUUUUAAUAAUAAUAAUAUUCAUAAAGGUGCAAAUUUCUCAAUGGCUAGUCAAAAAAAACUUAGUAAAAUGUCAAAAAAAAUUGAAAAAAAUAAUAUCAUAUCUAAUAAUAAUUAUGAUAAUAGUGUUUUUAUUAAUCCAAUUAAUAUUAAAGAUAUUUUAUUAAAAACAAAUAUUUUUCGUUGUGGUUUUGAUCAAAAAUCAAGACCAAUUUUAUAUAUCAAAAUACAAGAAAAAUUAAAUAUGAAAGAAGAUGAAUUGUUUUUAUUGUUAGUAUAUCAUGUAGAUAUGUGUAUAAAUAGCAUGGACUGUAAAAAAUACUAUAAGCCCGACAUGUCAGAUAAAUCUAAAGAUAAUAAUAAUAAUAAUAAUGAUAAUAAUAAUGAUAAUAAUAAUGGAAACGAAUUUGAUCAAAGCAUUUUGCAACUUGUUAUUGUAGUUGACUGUCUUAAAUUUGAAUUAAAUAAUAUGAUAAGUAUAGAUUGUAUAAAAAAAAUAAUAAAUAUAUUUAACGAAUUUUAUACUGACAUUUUAUAUAGAAUAUAUAUUAUUAACAUCCCGACAUUUUUUAAAAAAGUAUGGUCCUUAUUUAAUAUGUUCAUAGAUAAUCAUACUCUUAAAAAAAUCAUUUUUAUAAAUAAAAAAAAUAUAAAUUUAAUGUAUGAACAUAUUGAUACUAAUGUUAUGAAUAAUUUUAACAAAAAUUACGAAAAUCACCCUUCCGAACAUGAGUCUUUAAUUUUUUUUCCUUCAAAUUCUUUGUAUUAUAAAUAUGAUGAAAAUUAUUUCAAAAAUCUUUUUAGCUACGUUAAUAUAUGGGUUGAUAGCAUGAUAACUCUUAACCAUUUAUUUUAA